AUGUCUCCUGGCCAAGGCUGGAUGAUCGGCCAGCCGGCAACCGAGGUUUCCAUCAUUGUCCUUCCACCAUCGUCAUUUAUGGGCAGCCCCCAUGUGCCCGGCUGCAGGCCAAGACCAAGACAGUUAUGCUGGUGCCUAGCGAACAUUCCGGAAGGUUGCCUCCUCGGGACAAGCGCGGAACUCGUCAAGAUUCCUGGGGAAAUGAAAUCAAUGGAUUGGCUGGGAGGACAUCCACUGUGGCACGUACCAUGGAACCAGGGCUGUAGGGCUGUCCCAUCCAAAUUAACUUGGAAGGGAGAGUACGUAUCAUCUGUUGAGAAGCAUGAAGCCAAACGUUCUGCAAGACGGGUUGAGGGGCGAAUUCUAUUUGCCGAGAUUACCGGAAUCCACCUUCAGGAUUCUGCGGUAAGGCUGACGCCUGACGGCCUCCCAAUGGAUGAUGUUGUGAUUGAUUGA